GACGGCACACAUUCCAUUUCUUCGCACAUCAAGUUGAAGUCAGAGGAGGAGUCAUAUUCAAAUUUUAGCAUGUGUAUGUACAGAUAUGUAUUAUGGAUUUCUCCCUCAGCCGCAAGGACAGCUUCACAGGACAGAAAGCAAGGGUUUCCAAAAAUUGUCGUAAGCAUAGAGCAGACGAACGGUUCGGAUAUAAUUUGCAAUCAGCAAAAGACCAUGGAUCGGUGUUAACCUCACUUCCGAUGGUACGUGCCCGAGCACAAGAGAUAAGGAAAUAAAUCGUUAACCUCGUCAUUAUAUAGGCUGAGAGAGCGCACGGACCAUACACGUGAUUCGAGUACCUGACAGCCCUCAGCCAAUACCAACAUAUAACUCGAAUCUUCACGUCAAUGACAUGGACUGGAACUCAGAUGAGCGUCAGGCGAUCAUCCGAAAUACGACUAGGGCUGGGAACUUUCGUGUCGUAAUCACCUACCCUCUGCUUAUCUCCAGACCCUGCUGUCUGGACCGCGCAAUCCGGGAGCAUCCGGGCGGGAUUCCGCGCGCGGGAGUCACUUGAUCAUCACAAUUGAGUCUGACGCGAUCCACGUCUCCUCCCCGGCAUCCAUGACCUCGACCAUACUCCUGCGUCCCCGGCCCUAUGCCCAAUACGCGGGAUCGUUCUUCCUCGUCGCUCUGCUGCCUUCACCCAAAGCGGUGCCCUCCUUGCCGUCCGAGCUUUGGUCGGCUGUAUUCAACUUCGUCGCGUCUGAUUCCGAACGGAGGACGUUAGGGACUUUGUUGACUAUCUGCAAGCAAUUCACGGAGCUCGUCCUGCCCUUGAUCUACGCUCGUGUGCACCUCUCAAGCGUGAUUUCAUUUGCCCAAUUGGUGGAGCGCAUACACUGGGCCGAACAGCGGUGGGACUCGAUACGACGUAUCUCGUAUUCCAAGCCAGGGCGAUGGGUGCAGAGUCUUGAUUUGUCCGGGCUGGAGGUGGAUGCAGACAGCCCGUCCCUGCUCCUGCUCGACACCCUACUUGUCACGACGUUUCCGAUGCUGCCGUUCCUUACGCGCCUGUGCAUGAACCCGAACCACUACCUGAGUCGUCGGGCGAUAGAGUCUCUCGCACAGCGCGAAAGCGCGUGUCAUUUGCGAACGCUGGAAGGCAUCCGUUACUCCCCGGACAGACAUGAGGCAGCAUUGAUCGCAUUAUUGCGCUGCUGUCCUGGCUUGCAGGAACUCGAGCUGGUCGGCGAUAGGCUUGACCGGGCACAGCUGCAAGAAGCCCCGCCGGUCACUGUACCGGCGGACUUUGUACCAUUACACCUUCCCCAUCUCCGCACCCUGACAAUUCUCUCCGUACACUCAUCGUCUCUUCUUCUUUCUAUGAUGUUAUCCCCCCUCCCUUCGCUGCGGAAACUCACCCUUACACCCUUCGAAAGUGCGCACGGGUCCCUAAUAUCCCAAUUCAUAGUCGCGCACGGUGCGCAGCUCCGCUCGCUCAUCCUGUGCACGCCCAAGUCGUGGCCCACUCACCUGCAGCCUUCGCCGACGACGAUGCUUUGCACAUCACUCAGUCUGCAACAUCUCUCGCUCGAGCGCCCGCUUCCCGCAGGCCUGGAUCUGCCGGAAGACGGGAGCGCGCAUCCCCUGCAGAUACUCUCCAUUCCCCGGCCGAACGCCGAGUUUUGGUCGGUGCUCGAGCGGAUGCUCCCCCGGCUGCCGAGGCUGCGCGUCGUGCGGGCGCGGGAUGUGCGGUGGUUGCGGAAGGGGAUGGGCGUUGUAGCGCAGGGUGCUGGCGUGCAGGGAGAGAUGAGGGAAUGGAGGCGGAGGUUGAUGAGGAAGGGGGUCCGCGUUAUGGAUGCCGAUUGGAAGGAGUGCGAGUAAGAUGUAGAAAGACAAGAUACAGAUAGUAGUUGUCCAUUCUCGCACGGAUGUCAUUAUUGGAGCAGUGCCACUGAUCCCCCCGCUCAACAACCACUCUCAUGUCGAAAGCGACUGACGGAAAGCGGGAUAUCUUUAUCUCGAUCAAGGCGCCACACAUGAAGAAUAUUCUUUCUCGUGCGAAGACGCACGAGUUCCGAAAUUACCUCUUGCUUCGAUCUGUCCAGAGGAUGUGGUUGUACCUCACCAGCCCGGACCAAACCUUGCGUUAUAUUGCCGAGAUCAGCCAGGGUCAACUGCCGGGCGAUAUCGACGAUGCUGGUCUGGGGAACGCGGAUUUCAAUAACACUCCGACAGAGACAACAACCAGCUACGCCUACGAGAUACUCCACUUGUACAGACUGCGCGACCCUCUGCACAUCUCCGCGCUCUCAGAACAGUACGGGAUGUCGCCGCCGCAGAAAUACGUGUACAUCCCCGAUGAACUGCUUGAUGCCGUGAGGCUGGAAGACCAAGAGAUGCUAUUUUGACUGCAGACAAUGAGCGGCAUCUAUUUAUGCGCUUGGAUGGCUUUUGGCCCGGGAGGGCUAUGUCAAGAGGUGGGUGUCAAGUGGAUCAAAGCGCUGGCAUCAAAGGACAAUGGGUUUAGGUUGAGGCUCCAUGGUAAUAUAAAGGCACGCAGAGAAUGAAUGAAUGUUUUCCCCACCCAUCCACCCCACGGCACGAUGUCUCUCACUCUCGUCUGGAGUCCGUCAGAAACCUUCCAUCUCUACCCGCCCCCGGAUGUGCGCGACGCCCCGCACUAUAUCGCGCGCAAGGAAGCGCGUAUCAACAAGAACGUGAACGUGAUGAGCGUCGAGGCGGCGGCGCUGCCGGGGGCGCGGAUCCCCAUGGUGCUGAAGCUGGCGCGCGACGCGUAUGAGAUCCAGUGCUUGGAGCGCGAGGCACGGUUUUACCAGAACGAGCUGGUAGCUCUGCAGGGCAAGUACGUGCCCAAGUUCUUCGGGAUAUUCCACGGGGCGAUCUUGGGCGUCGACUGCGCGUGCAUUUUGCUGGAGUACUGCGGUGGAAGUCCAUCGCGCUUAUCCGUCGAGGAGCAGAAUCGCAGAAUCAUGCUCGCAGGAUGUGCGAUCCAUUCCGGUACGCGCGUCUCAUCUCGUUUCGUCUCCUUGGCUGUCCUCGUCUGACGCGCGAGUCCAGCUGGGAUCUGCCACAACGACCUCCUCGACGGCCGGCACUUCGUCAUCGCGGACCAAAGCAUCCGAAUCGUCGACUUUGGCGACGCAAACACGCACCGAUGCACCGGGGCGCUCCCGACGCUGCACCCCGGCUGCGGAGGUGACCCAGGUCUCCCGUAUGCGUGCCGGGAGCUCGCGGGUCUUGAGCGUACAUUCGGGGUUCUGAGUGGGGAUGCUUUCCCCGCUGCCCGCCCCUCGGUGUUUACUGCUUUCGCGGAGGGGAAUCCGCUGGCUAUGCUGUCGCGUCGGCUUGCUGGAAUCAUGAGUUGAGGAACGAUUAGUGUGUUGAUCUGAUAUGAGAUAGAGUUUGAAUGUAGUUUGGGUUCCAUCUUCGAGACAAAAGUCUCCUCUUUUCGAGAUUGGAGGGGGGGCUUUUUCAUCUCAAAGUGUGUGCACAUGAUAGCACUUGGCGGCCGUCAUCUUUUACGCGCUGCGGUUGGCGGAGGCCAUUUUAGUUGCAUUGAAGGAUUUCGGAGACUGAACUAUCUCUUUUUUCUCCGCGAGCUAUCCUUGUUCUCUGCUCACCGCGCUGUGCGAGACGCGCACGACGCGUCGUGUCACAGGUGACUGAUCGCGACUGGCAGGCGGCGGCGCAAAGAACUUCCCGGUGUUACUGUCCCCGUGAGUGACUCACUGUAUCUGCCACACGCUCUUGAUCUUCACUAUCAAUCGAUAUCCCAACCCAGCUCUGACUCACGUCGCCCCUGAGAAUGGGUGGGUAUAAAGCGUCCUUGACCAGCUGUACAAACCCUUCAAGAGCCUAGCUGAAGGAUCUACUGCCAUGUCUCUUGACUACCAGAAGACCCCCGCCCCGCCUUUCGGCCACCCUAUGCUCGAGUAUUUCCCGUUCGACAAGGAAGUCAAGAUCAUGAACCACGGCUCAUACGGGUCGUUGCCGGUGCCCGUCCUGGAGAAAUGUACGGCGCUGGCGGCGCAGGCCGAAGCGAAUCCGGACAUGUGGAACCGCGUCACGUACCUCCCGCUGCUCACCCGCGUGCGCGAGCGCGUCGCCGCGCUCCUCGGCGCCCAGACUGACGAAUGCGUCAUGGUCGCGAACGCGUCCGCCGGGGUGUCGACCGUGCUGCGCAACAUCGAAUGGGCGAAAGGGGACGUGAUCGUUACGUUCCGCAGCACGUAUGGUGCCGUUGAGCGCGCGGUGCAGUAUAUCUGCGACAGCCCGCCCCAUCCAACGGUGACCGUCGUUCCGCUGGUGUUCCCGACCACCCCGGAGGCCGUCGUCGCGCAGUUCCGGGCCCACCUCAAGGCGAUACCCCGCGUUCCCGGCCAGACUGUUCUUGCGAUCAUCGACGCCCUGGUCUCCCUUCCCGGUGUCCUGCUGCCUUGGGAAGAGAUGGUCAAAGUGUGCAAGGAAGAGGGCGUGCUAAGCUUGGUCGACGGCGCGCAUGCCAUCGGGCAGGUUGUCGGGAUCGAUCUCAGCAAGAUCGAGCCCGACUUUUUCAUCUCGAAUUGCCACAAGUGGCUAUAUGCUAAACGCGGAUGUGCUGUACUGUAUGUUCCCCUCAGGAAUCAGCACCUGGUCAAGUCUAGCUUCCCCACCUCGCAUGCGUACAUCUCUCCUGCAAAUCGGACCACUCCCAACUUCGUCGAGCAGUUCGACUGGACGGCGACUAUCGAUCUCGUUCCCUUUGUGAGUGUCGGCCCAGCUCUCGAUUUCAGACAGUGGCUGGGUGGAGAGGCCAAGAUCAACGAGUACUGCCAUCAACUCGUCAUGGAUGGGGCUGCGCGUGUCGCAGAGAUCCUGGGAACCAGCGUGCUAGAUCCGACUGGGGACAUGACCGGGAACAUGGCCAAUGUCAAGAUCCCGCUGCCGGAUGAUCUGGACGCGAAGGCGACCAUGGAUAAGAUGCGCGAGAAGACGCUGGUGCAGCGCAAAAUAUACGUGCCGUCGUUCUUCCUGCCUGAGACGGGCUGGUGGAUCCGUGUUUGCGCGCAGGUGUGGAACGAGGUGCGUUCUGGCGGGCGCGCAGGACCCAGAGUCGGGAUGUUGACGGCCUCUUUAUCUUUCUGUAGAUGUCGGACUUUGAGCUGCUCGGCCGCGUUUUGCUCGAGGUCUGCAGCGAGACUGAGCGAGAGAUCAAAGCAGCUUGAUUCACAGAUCAUCGCAUCGCAUCGCAUCUCUCAUCUAAUCUGAUUGCAUGAUAGGCUUGAGAUCGACAGAAAGAAUUCUCCGAGUAUCCACGUCCAACUUCACGUAGAAAUACGGAAUACAUCAGUCGGGGUCGCACAAAUCCGAUCCGUCUUCUAACGCCUCGUCGGUCAGAUUGAUUCGCGCCGCCGCAGUGGAUGGAUUAAGCGUUCUCUUUGGCGACCCAAUCCUCGACCGAGUACCCCAUCUUCGAAAGCCCUUUCCACUCGUGUCGAGCGAGCGAACUCGUCGCCCGGCGGCCGCUUUCCCACGCAGCAGUCAUCAGCACCGGCUCCUGUUUAUUUUAUUUGGUCAGCAUUUGUGCAUGUGGGUGGUGGUGCGGUGCGGUGCGGUGCAACAACACUCACGUAAGCGUGCCAGCUGACGUCCCGCACACAAGAAUGCCCGCCGGAGCCCGUGCGGGCAACAGGGUGAGGCUCGGACGGAUCGAACGACAUCGGGAGGCUGUGUGCCCGGUCUAGGAUCUGCACGAUUUGGCCGUCGAGGGACCAGAUCUGACAGAAGGCUUAUGUAAAUCGGUUGGUUGGUCGGUUAGGGGGCCACACUCACGUGGACUUUGCCGUCCGCAGAGCCUGAGUAGAUGUACUGCCCGCCGGUGGUCUCGGCGGGGCUGAAGUGGCACCGGAUCAGCGUCUGGAGCACAGCAUGUCCGUAGAAUGCCAUGACACUGCAGUCCAUCGGGUGUGCCCCUAUUCGAGGCGAUGGGUAGUUGGAAUAUCUGGACGAGAAGAUAAGCGACCCAGUUUAGAGAUCGGAUGAGAUUCAAAUGUACCUAUAGUCGUAGUUUGUUGAAUA